UGCGGCUGAGCACUCCCAUUGGCGAGGCGAAAGUUGCAACGCCGAACCAGCAGCUCAACACAUAAUGAGGAUGCUAACCCGCCUGGCCAUUUUUGCGCUCUUAGCCGCCUCGAUAAGCGGCCAACCACUUCAGGGUAGGAGCCAGAAGACCGAACUUAUGGUGGCCGUGGGCAUACUGGAGGAACACGUGCAAGACAUCAAGCAGAAGGUGCUUGCCCUGCCGAACUCAGGAGCCCUAUGUCCGUACCCGUACAAGCAAGUGCUGGACGAGUGCUUCUUUCUGAGCAAGGUCAGCCUGAACUGGAACCAAGCGCGACAGUACUGCCAGGGCAUGCAGGGCGACCUGGCCACACCCAGGAAUGUCUAUGCACUCAAGUCCUUCAUCAUCGACACUGCGGGAGAAGUGACCGAGGCUUGGCUGGGAGCAACCGACCAGUCCUCGGAGGGAACGUGGAACUGGCUAGACGGCCGCCCCAUCGCCUCGGACUUUGCCGGCGGGCAGCCUGAUGACGCCGGAGGAAACGAGGACUGCCUUGACAUCAGGUUGAAGUGGCAUCCCACCCUCAACGAUUACCAGUGCGGAGUGGCUCAGCGUUUUGUGUGCCAGUACAAGGGUUAAUGAUUCAGAUUAUUUGUCCAGAGUUUUUUUUUUUUUUUUUUAAGAUUCGUGUACUUUUAUAGAAAAAAUAAAAGUGAGAAGACUUUUUCUUCUUCAAAAACA